AUGAUUACAUGCUGCUUCCUCCCCCUGGCCGUGAUCAUCUUCUGCUACAUUUCCGUGUGGCUGACCAUCAGUGAGGUUGCCGUGCAGCAGAAAGAUUCUGAGUCAACGCAGAAGGCUGAAAAGGAAGUGUCCAGGAUGGUUGUUGUCAUGAUUAUCACUUUCUGUGUAUGCUGGGGACCUUAUACCUGCUUUGCCUGCUUUGCUGUGGCUAACCCUGGGUAUGCUUUCCACCCUCUGGCUGCUGCAAUGCCUGCCUACUUUGCCAAAAGUCCAGUUAUCUAUGUCUUCAUGAACAAACAGUUCCGUUCUUGCAUCAUGCAGCUCUUUGGCAAGGCAGAAGAUGAUGGCUCUGAAGUGUCUAAAUAA